GUUCUGGGACCUGGUAACUGGACCUCUAGACCCAUACAAUGUAGGAUAUACUGUACCUGACAGCAUGGAUGGUACAGUUGAUAUCAGUGUGGACUUUGAUGACAGAACAGCCGAUCAUGAUGAAAUAGAUUUUGAUAUAAGCACUCCAAGAGACCAACCUGAAGUGAGUGACCUUGACCUACCAAAUGAUCCUCAUUCCUUGGUAGAACAACAUAGUGAAAUACCAAGUAUUGUGAUAACUGAACCAAGCAGUGUUAACUUGAAAGAUUUGGAAGAAUCAGAUAAUGAUGUAGAUGAUGUAGGUAAGACACAGGCAGAAACUAGUGAUGAUGUUUCAAAAUCUGAAGCAAUAUUUGAAACAGACUUUUCAGUUUCUACGCAAGAACAACCUGAGGGAUCUACGCAGGAGCAAACUGAUGGAUCUGACAAAAAGCCUGAUCCAGACAAAGAGACUGUGUCACAAAGGGAGGAAAACCAAGUUUCAGAGAAUGAAAGGACUGAAGACUUUGAAAAAAUUGUGAAAGCAGUUGAACAAGAUACAGAAUUAGUUGAUCAAGUGAAUGCUGAAGGUACAGUUAGGAAUGAAUUUAAUGCCACUCAAGUCCAUCUGGACGACAAGCAGGAUGAGAGGAUACCAGGAAAGAUAACAAAUUUGGACAUGUCAGAAUCAACAAAAGCAGAUGACUUCAUAGAUGAGGUAGAUGAGACUGUAAGCCUAGACAACAUUAUGAUGAAAGAUAAAUCGGAGAGUGAUUCUGACUCAGAGUUUGACUUUGAUCUCCCACCUGCAGCCAGUAAUACAUCUACAGUUAAACCUAUGCAACAGGUGCCUACAGUCAAACCACCAGAACCAGUCACAGAAAGCCAGUUGAAUGAGCCCAGAAUUGUUGUAUCAACAGGAGUACCAGCAGGGUCACAUGACUCUUCUGCUGGUACCACUACACCACAGUCAAGCAGCAAUAGUUCACAGAAACCGGUACCAACCAUUUCACAGGACCUUUACACUGGUUCCCCUGCACCACAGGCAAGCAGCAGUGGCACACAGAAACCAGUGGCAGUCAUCAAACCUACAUCUCAACCAGUGCAAGCUCCUUACAUUGUACCGCCUCCACCAGAUGAGGGUACCCAGCAAGUGUUAGAGUCUGCCCAGGCAGAAUGGGACAAAGUGACAACAAUACAAGCAGGGUUUAAGGACACGGACACCAGUGUUAAAGGUGUGGAGCCAACUGUGGUCCAGACAGUGGAACCUAUGUCACCUCAUGAGCUUACACAGAUAAUCAAGCAGGAUGACUUCUCAAAUGUCAGGGGUAGUAUAAAACCAACUGUGGAAAGACAUGGCUUUUCAGCAUUUGUAAGCUUCUUGUUUGGACCACCAAAAUUACACAGAGACCUUAUAGAUGAGAGGGAUCGACUGUUCUGUAUAGCAGCAUCACAGCUUAAUAAUGAUGAUAGCUCCCAUAUAAGGACACUACAGACAAUAUAUAGAUGUUUGACUGGUUCCAAGUUUGAUUGUGCCAGGAUUGGUAGCCACUGGGAGGAAAUCGGUUUCCAAGGUACUGAUCCAGCCACUGAUUUACGAGGUGCAGGAAUACUUGGUCUCUUGAAUUUAUUACAUAUACUGAAGGAUCCUAAAAAGUAUCAGCUUGCUAGUGACAUCUACAGACUGUCAUUGCAUCCCACACAGAAUUUUCCAUUUUGUGUUAUGGGUAUCAAUUUAUCAAGAAUCAGUCUACAAACUCUCAGGGAGGGACUGUUGAACAAGGAAUGCAAUAGACGUCACGAAGUUAUCGGUGUUGUCAAUGAUUUUUAUGUUGGAUUGUAUCUACAGUUGUACCAAGUUUGGAAAGGACAGGGUAAAACUAUUUCAGACUCAGGUUUUGUUAUCAAAGAUAUUGAGAUGAAAGCUAAAAAAUCGCCUAGAGAUGUGUUCAAGAAUUUGGAAGAAUAUUUAAAUAGAAAGACUGUUGUGAUAAAAGAAAAGUCUAUUGAUUUUGGUGGAGAUAAUUUCACUAAUGUCUGUGAUGAUGGACCUUGAAAUCUGUUUUAGACCUUCCUAUACAGUAAAGUAGGGCAUGCCUUGGAGUCUUUUAGGUUUUGUAUGUACAUUUGUAUACAAACUUAAAUGUUUAAUGAUUUGUAUCUAUUAAAUUUUGCAAUCUGUAGAUGAUGAGAUUACUUUGAUAUCUCCAAUUGUUGCAAAUCUAGAUGAUCUUUCUCCUCAGAUACUUUAGGUUCAUAUAAUCUCUUUGAUAGUUGUUGUUGUUGAAGAUGUUUAUACAUUCCAUACUUUCAUACAGGAAAGAACUUUUUUGCUGGAACAACAGAAAAAGUGGUCACGGCCAUUGGUACGACUUUAUUGAUAUAAUACUUUUGCUGUGUAUCCUUACAAAUAGUCAAAAUAUUGUACAGAAGGGAGUAAACCUUUGCCAUGCAAUACUGAGAUAAUGGAGAAAGUCAACAUUUUUCUUGCUUUUUUAGCUCGACUAUUCGAAGAAUAAGUAGAGCUAUCCUACUCACCACGGCGUCGGCGUCGGCGUCACACCUUGGGUUAAGUUUUUCGUACCAGUCCACAUUUUGACAGAUAAAGCUUUGAAACUUUCAACACUUGUUUACCAUCAUCAUGGCCAGUUAUAGGCAAGAGCACAUAACUCCAUCAAGGAUUUUGGCUGAAUUAUGGCCCCUUUUGACUUAGAAAUCAUGGUUAAGUUUUUCGUACCAGUUCAUAUUUUGACAAAGUCUUUUGAGGUAAAGCUUUGAAACUUUCAACACUUGUUUACCAUCACCAUGUCCAGUUAUAGGCAAGAGCACAUAACUCCAUCAAGGAUUUUGGCUGAAUUAUGGCCCUUUUUGACUUAGAAAUCUGGGUUAAUAUUUCGUACCAGUCCACAUCUUGACAAAGUCUUUUGAGAUAAAGCUUUGAAACUUUCAACACUUGUUUACCAUCACCAUGUCCAGUUAUAGGCAAGAGCACAUAAUUCCAUCAAGGAUUUUGACUGAAUUAUGGCCCCUUUUGACUUAGAAAUCAUGGUUAAGUUUUUCGUACCAGUUCAUAUUUUGACAAAGUCUUUUGAGAUAAAGCUUUGAAACUUUCAACACUUGGUUACCAUCAUCAUGUCCAGUUAUAGGCAAGAGUACAUAACUCCAUCAAGGAUUUUGGCUGAAUUAUGGCCAUUUUUGACUUAGAAAUCUGGGUUAAUAUUUCGUACCAGUUCAUAUUUUGACAAAGUCUUUUGAGAUAAAGCUUUGAAACUUUCAACAUCUGUUUACCAUCACCAUGUCCAGUUAUAGGCAAGAGUACAUAACUCUAUCAAGGAUUUUGGCUGAAUUAUGGCCCUUUUUGACUGAGAAAUCUUGGUUAAGUUUUUCGUACCAGUUCAUAUUUUUUGUAAAGUGUUUGACAUAUGGCUUUGAAACUUUUAUCACUUGUUUAGUAUAAUAGUCUCUAUCUGUAGGAAAGAGAACAUAACUCUGUCAUCUAUUUUGGCUGAAUUAUGGCCCAUUUUGGACUUUGAAAUUGGUUCUGUUUCCAUACAAGUCCAUGUUUUGUCAAAACUAUUUGACAUAUGGCUUUUAAACUUUGAACACUAGUUUAUCAUUAUGAUUUCCAUCUGUAGGCAAGAGUACAUAACUAUUUUGACUGAAUUAUGGCCCUUUUUGGACUUUGAAAUUGGCUGAUAUAUUGCCAUUUAGUGCAAGACUUAUCGAAAUCAAAGUUAUACAGGAACAUUGUUUGUCUAAUCUAUUUAUUUCUUUUGUCUGAAUAUCCGUGGAAAUAUUUUGACACCAUUCUUCAAUCAAUUCUUCGAAUAGUCGAGCGCGCUGUCAUCAGACAGCUCUUGUUUACCAAUAUGAUGGCAAUAUCUAACACUUACUUUAAAUUACUCUCUUCAUUAUGUUUCAGUGUCAUAUAUACAUUCUAUGCGUAACUUGGUGGGAAUGAACAUGUUAAAGAAUUCUGUCUGUCCGUCCAAAUUAAGCUUGUCCGGCUUUGACAGGUCAGACUGCUGGCCGGAUUUCACAGUAGUGAUCUGUACUAAGCCUAGUUGUGCAUAUCGCGGACAUGUUCCGCUUUGUUGCACAAAAUGGCCACAAGAUAUAAAAAUAGAAAAAUCUUGUCCAGCUUACAGGGCAAACUGCUUGCCGGAUUUCGACGAAACUUCAAAGGAGUGAUCAGUACCAAGCCUACUUGUGCAUAUCACUGACACGUUCCGCUUCAUUGCACAAAAUGGCCGCAAGAGAUGAAAAUAGAAAAAUCUUGUCCGGCUUUCACAGGUCAAACUAUUGGCUAUAUUUUGGCGAAACUUCACAGGAGUGAUCAGUAUCAAGCCUAGUUGUGCAUAUCGCCAGCAUGUUCCGCUUAGCUGCAUAACAAUGGCAUGCAGAGUUAAAGAAUACAUAGGGAGGAGACGUAUGUUUUUGUGACAAAAACACCUUUAGGUUUGACCCUAUAGCUGUGGCCAAUUAGCUUUUAAAGUUACUGCACUGUAGAUGUUUUCAAAUAAAAGGCACCAUUGUAGAACUUGAUUUUUGCAAAGUAGCAAUUGCUUCUUGGACACAUCUGGAAUGGAGAUAUGUAUAAUGAAUUUGACUGUCCAUCUGUAUGAAGUGUCAGCUAGAACUUUCAAAUGAUUUAAGUGAGUCCAAUGUAAUGCUACACAAAUGUUAAGCAUGGUGGAAAGAUUUUGUCACACCAGAGAGUCCGGUCUGUACCUCCAAGGUCAGAAUUACAUUUAAGAACCCUGAGACCUUAUCCCUAACUCACAAAGGUUUGCCACUCCCAUGAUCGAGUGGUUAAGGUCGCGGACUUUGAAUCGCUUACCCUCACCGCUGUGGGUUCAAAACCUCCCUUGGGGUUUAGAAUUCUUUCAGGUGAGGAAGCCAUCCUGAUAGCUUACAGAAGGUCGAUGGUUGCGUCGGUGUGACGUUAAACCCGACCAAAAAUCCACUUUGGGUGUAGUGACAUUAUGAAAUAAUUAAAGGAGACACAAAUUAAAUCUUACCAGAAUUUUAGCUAUGUGUCGACAAAAUAUUUUCAUCCAUUAUGCUUUUACCUGAAGUAUGACUGUUUGUCUUCUAGAUAUAAUGAUGUUGUUUUACUAAUUUGUUAAAAUCUAGAUAUACUAAUGUGAUAGAAUAGAAUUUUAUCAUUGAAGGUAAUAUACAUUAUAUGAAACAACAGUCAUGUAGAAUUGUCUUUUGCUGUCAAUUUCAGUACUGUACUGAUUCUUUUUACAAAUUUAGAUAUUACUUUUACGUUCAAUUUGAAAAUCCGUCCUUAUAUAUGAAUUCAUAUGACUUUUAUUUUCUCAUUUCUUCAAUUUGUCGUUUUGUAUUUUUGUAUUGUGUUUUUUGUGAAGAAAUAAAAGUUGUCACAUGA